UUUUAUUUUGUUUCCUCUCUCUCAUGUGCGACUCGCCUUCUAACCUAUCAAUUUCUUAUCCCCGUUUGAGUAAUGAUAACUAGUAGGCGCCAUUUCAAUUUUACUGGCGGUAGGCCUAUGUAUUCAUUCAUCAUAACCCUUCACUGCCCACUGACCCACUGCCCACUAAAUUAAAUAGUACACAAAAUUUGCCAGGCAAGAGUUAUUAUCGUUAAUGACAUGGAUUUGUCUUUCCCAGUAGUCUUUUUGGUGUGAUGACACGUGUGAAGGCGCAGAAGUGGAGGGGCAAUUGUUCGAUCGAGGGAGCGCUGUGGCGUAUAGCAUUCUAGAAUGAUACAUUCAAUUCCGCUUUUAAAACAUUUACAAACAAUACAACGAUUAUCACAGAGCUCAUCUUGUUGCCCGCCCUGCUCUUUCUCUUGCCAUUUUAAUCGAGUGAAGCGUGCUACUCUCAAGUAAGGAUGCAAAAUGGUCAAAAGUGUUGUGGUUACUUGCUGAGAAGACCAUAUUGUGGCAUGAAUGCAUGGGCCACAUUGGUGAAAAAGGCCUCAGAACCUUGAAAUGUAAGGGUUAUAAAUUCAGUGAUGAUAUAAUGGCUGCAGCUGAAGCAAGGGCUGCUUGGCAGCGUACUGCAAAUCGCUGUUUCAUGCAGGAAGAUGCAAAAAGAGCUCCAAAGUUGGCCUGCUGUCCUGGUGCAGCUUCAUCAAAAUCUCAGUGUGAUUCAUCUCAUUGUGAUAGUGGAAAUGGAGUUGAUCAUUCUUCUUCUGUUCAGUUACCCAACAAUUGGAAUUCUAAUAUGAACAUGUCUCCUGAAACAAGAUGGUGGCUUCAGUGGCAGCCUAGUUUUGGAAACCAGAGAGAUUUUAUGUGCGAGAACUUUAAAGACAAAAAGUAUCAAACAGACUACGUUGAAAUGAACUCUGACCUGCCAAGAAGUUUCAACUCUGUUCCUGAUAGAUCAGGAAAUGCUGAUGUACAUGAAGAUUCUACUUUAGCUGAUUCAACUACACAGGAUUUAAAGAGAGAAGAUAAUGUUUUGAAAAAUCAAAAUAUUGCAUUCAGAACUGUGGAUGGUAAGGGUAUUGGGGCAGAUAAUUCAUACGGUAGUGAAUACCCCAGGGAAGACCAAAGAUCUUGUCAGGAUUGUGACAAUAACAUUGUAAAGACAGAAGAUCUUGCAAUCUUGGAGGGAUAUGAGAAAUAUGCCCGUGACAUGACAACUUCCAGAUCACGCUAUAAUGGUUGUCUCUGGUGGCGCACUGCAGAUGAGAAUGAAUUGGCCACACUAGUUGCACAAAAGUCAUCAGAGCAUAUCGAGAAUUGUGACCUUCCUCCACCUCAAUUCAUGCAAAUAAGAAAAGUUCCGUUGUUAAGUGUUGAUGAAUUAUGUUAUAGGGGGGUUUCUGAGCCCAUUGUUCACCAUCAGGAGAAAUUGAAGGCCAUACAACACAAUGUAUCAUCUUCAUCUUCAAAUGUAAGCAAACCAACAUCCCCACUUUCAGUCUGUGGAAACAUGGAUUCAGUGCCUUUGUUGUCUGGUGAAUCCCAUUAUUCUUCUACAAAUGCUGGUGAUAGAGCUCCUAGAUCUGGUGGUACAAUCAAAACAUGGACUGAAGGUAGGCAGAGCUCUGAAAGUGAAGGAGAAAAGGCACAAUUACUAGAGGCACUUUGUCAUUCGCAGACCAGAGCAAGAGAAGCUGAGAUUGCAGCUGCGCAAGCCUUUUCUGAGAAGGAUAAGCUCUUGCGACUUUUUCUGAAGGAAGCAUCUCAUCUAUUUGCUUAUCGGCAGUGGUUUCGUCUGCUACAGAUAGAAACUGUGUGUCUGAAAAUAAAAGCCAAAGACCAAUCUGUAUCUUGGGAUCAAUUGAGAGCACUUUUUCCACUGUUUCCUUUGAUGCCAAUGAAGCAGCAACGGUGGGUUGCUUCAAAAACUAGUAGUAACAAACGACACAAAAUUGGGCAGCAAAAGUUUGACGUUAGUGCGUGGGCUCUGGCUGUGGCAUUGGGCCUAAGUCUUGCUGGAGCCGGAUUGUUUCUAGGAUGGAGUAUGGGAUGGUUGUUACCUAUGUUUUAAGUAAUUUCCUGUGGGAAGUACUAUUAUUGACCAGUCAAUUUUUCCGCGCAGUUUACAUAGAAGAUUGAUAUAUAAGGUAGUGAGGACAAAUUUCCUGGCUGUAGUAGCAAGAGAUUUAAUGUGAAUUCAAUAUGUGAGGUCUCCUAUUAUGUAACUAAUUUCCAACAUCAAUUUCUAUGCGUUGCCAGUAAUGUAACUAAUUUGGUAUUUCAUGGCUGCCCAUUUACAGUAAUAAAGUAUUUGAAUGUAACGGAACCAACUUCCAGUGUAGUACCUAGACUAAUUGCGUUAUAUAUUUGCUACAUGGCAUUUCAAUCUUA